AUGAGCAGUGUGGGUCGGAGCGGCCACUCUGAUCUUGUGUCUCGUGAGACGAUCGUGUCUGGCGUGAAGUGGAUUGGGCUGCCAAUGCCCAUUCCGCCGCGAUACCAGGAGCAUAAUUUAGAAAUGGUAUCUUUGCAGGACGUUGUUGGCACUGAAGGCGGUGUCGUUUGUAGCGAAACGGGUGAAGUGGGUGCGCUUUGGGCAUCUUUCUCUUUUCAACAACAGCGCCAUAGCUCAAUGGUGGAAAGCCAAUUCAACCGCGGCAUUCCGAUGGAUCUAAUCAUGGAGAGCGCAGCGCCGCUUAUGCGUGGGGUGACGCCAAAAAUAUACGAUCUGGGCGUUGACUUUGAGCACUUGAGUUUGGCUAAAGCUCGGGAGCUUGGACUUGGGCAAGCUCUAGCCGAGAUUCUAGAAAAGGACGCGCCAGAUCGUCGGACAAUCUUGACCGUAGCCCGGCGAUGGGGCGGUACAGAGGCACAUGACGUGCUUAAGAAUGGCGAUAUUUUGGUUGCUGUCGACGGCAAGAUUGUGACAAGUUUCCGUGAGGUAGAACGUUGCACACAGAAGCCAGAGGUACAGCUAACAAUUGUGCGCGAUGGACGCGAGAUGCAUCUGAACGUAAAGACUCUUUUCAUGGAGCGUACAGAGAUCAACCGUAUUGUAUUCUGGCAGGGAUUGUUGCUACAAGCGCCACCAUUAUCUGUCUCGGCACAACGCAGUAUCUCACUGGACGAUGGCAUUUAUGUGUCUUGUCGAUACGCGGGUUCACCAGCGGCUCGUUACGGUCCACAGCCCACAAGUCGUAUCAAGGAAAUUGAUGGUAUCAAAAUCACCAGUAUCGAUGAUUUUCUUCGCGUUGUGACUGCGAAAUCCACGAACGACUCGGUGCGUAUCAAAUACACUGAUUUAAGUGGCAAGGAUCGUCUCAGCACACUCAAGUUAGAACCUAAAUACUGGCCUACCAGUGAAUUGGUUUACGAGGAUGGCGAGUGGCAUCGGCAAAACCAUCUCUAG